CAAUGGCUUCCUCACCUCAGAAGUCGCCGUCCUCUCCCAAAUCCCCGACAACGCCGAAAUCUCCUUCUUCGAGAAAAAAAGACGACUCUUUCCUUGGAAAACUUGGUGGGACUCUGGCGAGGAGGAAGAAAGCUAAAGAAGUGUCUGAGCUUCAGGAAGAGGGGAUAAAUGCCAUCAAUCUUCCUCUCAGCCCCACCCACUAUGAGCUUGACCCCGAGGACACCAUGCUAGAGGAGAAUGAGGUGCGUACCAUGGUGGAUCCAAACUCCAAGAAUGACCGCAAACUGCAAGAACUCAUGAAGGUACUGAUCGACUGGAUAAAUGAUGUUCUCGUUGGGGAAAGGAUCAUUGUAAAGGAUCUGGCUGAAGAUCUCUAUGAUGGACAGGUCCUGCAGAAACUGUUUGAGAAGCUGGAAGGCGAGAAACUCAAUGUGGCUGAGGUGACACAGUCAGAGAUUGCACAGAAGCAGAAACUGCAGACUGUUUUAGAACGGAUCAAUGACUCACUCAAACUCUCCACCAGGAACAUUCGCUGGAAUGUCGACUCUGUUCAUGCGAAGAGUAUCGUGGCCAUCCUUCACCUGCUGGUAGCACUGUCACAACACUUCAGAGCACCAAUUAGAUUGCCGGACCAUGUUUCUAUUCAAGUCGUCGUGGUCCAAAAAAGAGAGGGCAUCCUCCAAUCCAGACAAAUUCAAGAAGAAAUCACUGGUAACACUGAGGCUUUCUCUGGAAGACAUGAACGUGAUGCUUUUGACACGCUGUUCGACCAUGCUCCAGAUAAACUGAAUGUCGUCAAAAAGACACUGAUCACGUUUGUGAACAAACACCUGAACAAGCUCAACUUGGAGGUGUCUGAAUUGGAAACACAGUUUGCAGAUGGUGUUUAUCUGGUCUUGCUGAUGGGUCUGCUGGAGGGAUACUUUGUGCCACUCUACAACUUCUUCCUCACACCUGAAAACUUUGACCAGAAGGUGCAUAACGUGUCCUUCUCAUUCGAGCUGAUGCAGGACGGAGGUCUGGAGCGACCAAAGCCGAGGCCUGAGGAUAUCGUGAACUGUGACCUUAAGUCAACCCUCCGUGUCCUCUACAACCUCUUCACCAGGUACAGGAAUGUAGACUGAAUGCCCAAUCGACAAAAAUAAGACUUUUUAUAUCAAUGGACCACAUGCUAUCGCUUAUAAAUCCAUCAAUUUAUUGUUUCAAUGUGUUUUUAUUUGGAUGUGUAUGUGCCAUUUUACAAAUGACCACAAUCCCUGCAGCAUCACUUGGUGUGACACAUUUGGACACAUUUGAAAAAUCUCUCAAAUGUUUCACAUUUCAUUAUUGUACUUAUUGUAAAUUUAACACACUUAUCCUGUCAUAUUUUUCUAGCUUUUCUGCUCCUCUUGAAGUGCAUUUAAUUAAACUUCCACUAUUUGAUAUAAUGUGUCUUAAGGAAAGAAACUAUAUUGGUGCUUCCACUGCAAUGUUACCCUUGCAAAAGCAAGCCCAAACAUUUUUUGCACAUAAACAGAUAUUGAGACUUAUUUACUAAGCAUGCGCAAACAGAAAUGCGUCAGGAAAAUAUGCAAAAUUGCUGCGCCUUUCAUGUUAUGCUUUGUCCAGCUGCGCUUUCCACCACCUGCAAGGCCUCCUGGGUGCACCCAGUUUGUGGAUCAGCUUUCACAAAUGUUUGUGUGCACAACCAAGUUUGCACCUGUUUUUUGAUCAAAAACAUUUAGGGGCUGAUAUCCUCUUGCUUGUGCAGAUAUGGAUCAAAACAUAAAAAAAAAAAAAAAAAAAAUCAGAUCUUCUACUUUGCAAUCUACUACAGGUUCUAAACUCCACUGCAUCUUAGACUGAAAAUAGGAGCCAUUGAGCUCAAACACAUACCACAGCCAUUCCGUUCCACAGCAGUUAAAUUAAAAUGGCAUCCGUUUCAUAGCUAGGACACAUUGCCAUUAGUCAUAUACUGUAAUCGCUCUGUAUUUGGUGCUAAAAACAUUGGUGGCGUCUCCCAUGUCACAAUCUGGUAUUGGUAAAGCCACACGGGGAUGCUAUUUUUACAAAUCGAUGUGGAUUCCGCCUGACGCCAGCAACAUGCAUCUUGAUCUAUCAUACCGUACUUUCAGGAACAUCAAUACAUGUUAAGCAACAAAUGUUUAUCGUCAAUGCUGCCAAGUGGUAUGUCAUGUAUCUAUUUAUGUUUUAAUCUAUAUCAUUUAAUAAAUAGAUCAAUAUCAUAA